AUGAACUCCAACAGAAUUAACACUAAUAACAUUAAACAACAACAACAAAUAAUUGAUGGACAACAAUUAAUUCAAUCACGUUCAAGUAUUUAUUCUUCUGAUGGCUUUUCUUGUUCAUCUGACAGUUUACCUGCCCCUUUAAUUUAUCAAAGAAAUUCUUCGAAUAUUGUAGAAUUUGAACAAAAUCAGCAAAAUAUUCACUUAAAUCAAAACAAUAAUAGUCAAGUUCAAACAAAUUUGGCUUGGGAUACUUUUAGGUUAUUACCUCCAGAACCUGAUAAAAAUAAUAAAGCCAAUUUAUAUAUCAUCUUUCUUCAAAUACUCAAAUUAUUAACAUUUUUUGUACUUUUUAUUAUCACACUUAGCAGCUCUAUAAUUUCUAAAUUAAUUUUGCUUGUAAUGGCUGCAGGUUUAGGACAAUCUGGUAAAAAUAUAAGUAUUUGUCCUGACAAAAUACCUGAAUCUACAGAAAAUAGGGUUAUUAUUUCACCAAAAAAUGCGGCAAAAUGGGCUUGGGCCCUUCUAUUGUCUUUAUGUUUACCUGAAUUAUUUUGUUUUGCUCGUUCUCUACAUCGAAGUAUGUUCAGAAAAGUUAGAGGCCUUGCUUUUGCUCAUUUUUUAAUUAUGUUUACAGUAGAAAGUGCUCAUGCAUUUGGAUUGGGUACCUUAUCUUUUAGAAUUAUGCCAAAUAUUUCAGCCAUUACCAUUCUUCAAUUAGCAAAUUCUUUGUGUUUAAUUCCUUCCAUAUUACUUUUAUUUAGUCGACCUAUUAAUCGGUGGCUUCCAUUAUUUUUAUUAAUUGAUACUAGUGCAAUUUUUGCUCAAUUAAGUGCUUUUAUUUGGAAGAAAUAUUUUCCGAUUGACAAUUUUAUAUUUUUAUGUACUUUUUUAAUUUCCAUUACUUGGUGGCAGAAUUUUAUGCACCCAAAAUCGUUUUUUCCGUUAACAAGAUUUUUUGCUUAUUAUGCAACAAAAAUACGUGAAUGCCGUUCUAAGGCUUAUUUGAUAAUUUCGCCAUGGAAAUGUUUAAUUUUUACUUUUUGUAUGUUUCAAUUUGUUCCUUCAAAUAAUGUUUCAAUUAAUUAUUUACUUCAAAAAGACCCCUUUGGAGAACAUUUAAUUACCAUAAAUGCCUAUAAUUUAAAUCAAACACAAUUAAAUUUAUUUCAAAAAAGAAUGGAAGAAUUACAAAGAAUUAAUGAGGGAUAUAGUAAAUAUCAACAACAAAUAUUAACCACAAAAAUAAAAUUAAAUAGAAAAAUUGUUGAAGAAAUAAAUGGAUUAAUUAAUGGAACAAAAAAUAAUUUUAAAAAUAAAAAAAUAAUUGUUGAAAGAAAAAUUAAAGAAAAAAUUAAAAGGGAAAGAAGAAAAGUUGAGAAAAAGGAGGAUGAAGAAGAGGAAGAUGUAGCUGCUUAUAAUAUUUAUGAGGACCGUAUAGAAUUAAACCAAUUUACAACAGCUUAUGAUGCCCUCUGGUUAGCGUUUAUUCAAAUCGGAAGUUCUUUAAUUUGUCAAUUAAGUGCUAAAUUUGCUUGCAAAGUUUUAAUGCAAAGAAUGGGGUUGGCACUUCCCGUGUUUUUGUCUGUUCCAAUUAGUAUAAUAUUACUUUCAAAUUUUUGUCAAAAAAGAGCAAAAGAUUCGUGUUAUUUAAAUGAUUGGAUAAGUAAGGAAUUAUUUUGGAAAUGCCCUUCUAGAUCAUUAACUUGGAAUCGUUUUUGGAGAGAAUUUCCAAACAUUUUAUGGUUGGGGUGGUGGUUAUCACAAUCUUGGGUUACAAUACACAUUUGGUUUCCCAAACAAGAGAGAUUAGCUAAAUCUGACGAUUUGUUCCUCCUCGGCUAUUUUGAUGGAGUAUUUCCUGAACAAUCCAUUUCUUUGGAUCGGAGAAGGGACGAUAAAAUUCGAAUUCGAUCUGAUGAGAUUGAAACUGAAGAUGAAGAUGAUGGAAAUGGAAGUACACAUACUUGUGAAUCAGCUGCUUCUGGAAAUUCUCCUAGGCCUACAGCUGGUUUAAUUAAUGCCACAUCUGUUAGUAGUAGUAUAAGCAAUACUAGUCAAAGGUCAGAUGGAGGAUUAAUAAGGUGA